AUGGGAAACAGUACACAACUACAUCAACAGCAGGAAAUCUUCCAAUCGUCACUUCUCCCUCAGGGAACGAUUUCCAAAAACGAGUUUACGUUAAUCCCAGCGCGCUCUCACGAUCCGUACAUCGUGGCGCUGGCAUCAGAGGCCAACCACAUAGCAAAGGGCAUGUGGACCCGCACAACAUGGGAGCAACGGGGUUCCAUACUCCGCAGAUUCAUAGAGUUUACAGUGCGGCACAAACUGGAUACGACGGAAGAAAACAUUCCGUUAUUCAUCGUAAGUUUGCAAUUGGCAAAGAGCAGCGCGAUACAAUAUACGCGCACAUUGCUAACCCUUCUGGCAACGGCCAGAACUCCCACUCAAAUGUUUUUAAUGGGGUUACAGAAAACAGCAGCACAGGACCCGUUAAAACAAGCACGUCCAAUGCUAAGAUGGGAGUUGGACAUGAUAAUCGCUACUCUCAAAACGGAAAGAGAUCAAGUGGCUUUAAGACUGAAGCUGUGCGAUUUCUCCCCAUCUGCUGGCUGUAACCCAAGCCAGAAGCAAAAUUUCGUACCGCACGAACAAGAUCCCAAUGCCAUAAUAGUGGAUUGGGGUGCGCUGCCAAAAACCUUCAAAAGCGACCCGCACAGACGGGCCAGAUACGUCGUAAUUCAAGGAGCAGACGCACAACGGGUUCGAGAAACCAUAAAAGGAAUGACAAGCGACGAAAAGUUAACGUCAUUAACGACAAAAGAUAUGGAA